AAUCUUUUAUUUUUAAAUAAUGUGGUUCGGAUUUAAAAAACAGAAUGACAAUCAAAAUGGGCAAUAAGCUCAACAAUUUCCUACUCAUAGACAUAAGGCAGCUCAUCAACAAGGAGGUCUAAAUUUAUCAUUUGGGGAUGAGAAUUCUGAAACCUAAAAGGUGGCAGCCAGCAUGUUUAAAUAAGUGAGUGGGAAGAUCAUGACAGGAAAUUUUGGAUCUUUGAUGUAAAUCAGCAAGCCCGUAGCCAUGUCUUUGGAUAUGAGUUUCUUACAUGGAGUGGCACUAGGACACACGUUUAGUAAUUUACUGGAGAGAUGUAGUCAGUUAUCACCAUUGGAACAGAUCAAAUAUAUCUCAGCCUAUUAGAUUUCUGGAUUACAUUGCAAUGGGGAGGUCACAAAAAUGAAAUCACCUUUGGAUCCAUUAGUAGGAGAGACUCUUUAGUUGGUGAAAGAGGAUGGAACACAAUUCUUUGCAGAAUAAACUUCUUUUGAUCCGCCAAUUUCAUAUUAUUACAUAUUAGGAAAUAAUUAUAAAAUAUAUGGUGAUGACAGAUUGGAUAUAUAAGUUCAUAAGACAGUGAAUUCGUUAACAGGACUUUAGACUGGUAGAUAAACCAUAGUCUUCAACAAUGGAGCUGUCUAUAAAUGUACAUAGAGACCAACAAUGGAGAUAACUGGAUUAAUGAUGGGAGACCGAAUAUUGAAUUGGCAAGGGAAGAUGAUUGUCGAGGGACCUGGUGUGAAAGCAGUGAUUACUUUUAAUUACAAUGCUGAAGGGAUGAUGUCUAAGAUUACUUCAUUCUUCAAGUCGUAAGAAUAGGCCAAGAUCUUCGAUAUUGUAGAGGUGGAUAUUUUUGAAGUGAAAACUGAUGGCAAUGGAAAUAAAACAGAGACUCUUAUUUAAUAAGGAAUUGGAUCAUGGUUAGAGGGGUUGCUCUUUGGAGAAGAGAACGUUUGGUAGAUAGACGAAGAAAAGAAGAAGUGGAUCUCACCUUAGGAAAUAUUGGAAUCUGAUACUACAAGGAGGUGUGAUUUGAUUCUUAUGAGGAAUUAAAAGAUGGAGGAUGCUUAGAAAGCCAAAUUGCAAUUGGAGGAAUAGAAUUUUAGGGACAUUGAUAAUAGAAGAAAAAAAUAAUGA